AUGCGUGCUCUACAAUUUUUAACAUUCAUCUUGUGGCUUAAUUUAAAAUGUUGUGUUAGUGGCACAAAUUCCAACCAAAGCUUGUCUCGUGACAUUGGUGAGGGUCGUAAGCUUUUAUUUCCGUCUUUAAGUACUAUGCAGCUUUCUUUAUGCGUAAGUUCCGGAGGACCAUUAUUCACACCAAAGAAAGUUUACCCAUAUCGGCGGUUGGGUGUCAAUCUAGGAUUUCAAGUGAACUACAACUUACCAUAUCGGUUACAAGAUUUCUAUAAGUAUCCUAACUGGGCGCGAGCAAUGGUCGAUAUCAUAAAAGGUCGAGUUAUGCCUACGGAAGUAGUUACCAGCAGAGCAGUUCGGAAGCGACGAUCCAACAGGCAUUUGAGUGCCGGGGAUAUGUACCGAGCAAUGGAUGAAUUAUUGCAAUUUUCCGGCUACGAAGAGGAUUGCUUAAUCAAGAGUGUUUGCGAUCUAGCGCAUAGUCCGUUUCAUGAUAUCAAAAAUGAUUUUUACGCAGAAAUACUGCAUUUUUUGUUGACGCCAUCCGAACAUCAAUCAUUUGAGAUGCAUGAAAACAUGAUGAAACACAAAUAUGAAACAGCCGAGCGACUGGGAAGAGAAGGUGCUGAUUGUGAUCUGUUAUAUCCAAAAUGUCGAGUUUCGUUUCUUAGUACCAUCACUGAUUAUGUAGAUGAAAAUAAAUACAAUUCAAUUUAA